AUGUCUCAUCCAUCUAAAAAAAGUGAUUGCUUCAUAUGCCAAUAUCCGUUGAAAUCCGACGAGACCAAAAUUACCACCGAAUGUGGUCACAGCUAUCAUCGUCGUUGUGCUCAAAAAUACUAUGACGAGAAAGGUCAUAGUGCCUGUGUGAUGUGUAAGAAGUCAUCAGCUUUAGCCAAGGCGCUUCAAGGACAUGUCACUACAAGUACUGCUACAUCUUCAGCCCGACGUUCUGGUAAACCAAUGGAUCAUAAUUCCAUCUUCAAAACUGAGAAAAACGNGCACGAGUACGGAGCGAUCUACACCUCAGGCUUGACCGUCUUUCGUCAACCAGAAAACACUGGCUAUAGUUUUAUGGAAGAACCACUUAAAAACGUGUGUUCUUUAGCUAUGGCUGCUUAUUCAGGCCCGAGACUAAAUGGAAAUAUGCUUGCGUCAAAGUUUGCUGUGGGAACACGAAAAAAGAUUGAAAAUAUCUUCGCUGUUGCUUUUCAGCACAAACACGAUAGUUUAGUAUUAUCAGCGCUAGGCUGUGGUGCUUUCAAGAAUCCACCAGGCCAUGUGGCAGAACUUUUCCGUUCGGUCAUCGAGCAGUAUGCCGGUUUCUUCCGACGAAUUACUUUUGCUAUAUUGGAUGAUCACAAUAGUGGUCGGUUCUUCAAUCCAGAGGGUAAUUUUCAACCAUUUGUAACUCUUCUCGACGGAGUGGUCAUCACUCCAUUAUCACCAAUGAACACGCCACUGACUAUAUUUGGACCGUACCGAUUAUUGUCCGACGGGUUGACUACAAGUGACGUGUGUAUCUGCAAUAAACUACUGUGCACAUUUGGUGCUACCUGUUUUGAACUUUCUGAUCGUACACAUGCGAAAGAAUACUCUCAUCCACCUCGUUGCCCAUAUGUUGCUACGAAAGGUAAGUGUGACUUCACCGAUAAUAUUGUCCAUAUGCAUUCAUUCGUGCAUCGAACUCACUGUCGAUACGGUGGAGAAUGUCGAGAAAUCAACGAUGACAAACAUACUCACGAAUUUGAACAUCCGGCUGCUUGUCCACAUGGAAGCAAAUGUGAUGAUGCGAGCGACGAGCAUUUAAAACAGUAUCGGCAUUUACCACUAUGUAAAGACGGCUUACAGUGUCUCGAAUUUAAGACGCAUGAAAAAGUUCACUGUAACACAUAUCGUCACUGCGUUUUCGAUUGUCCGUAUGGAAGUAAUUGUGCCUAUAUUCACGAUAAACAGCACCGAGACAGGUAUGUGCAUCCAACACCUCCACCAUGCUCCUUCACUCCAUUCAGUUGUAAAUUAUAUACUGUAUUUCUGCACUGUGACGAUCGGAAAAAGCUCGAUGAAGAUAUUCUACGCCAUUGCCUUGAUUUUACUCACAUUUGCUCAUUGGGUCGUAAUUGUCAAGAUAAGGAUAGACUACACCUGGAAAAAACGAUUCACAUCCCAAGAUAUAUGUGUCCUGACGGUGACAAGUGUACUAAACUUACCAAUGAGGAUCAUCUUAAUACAUUUACACAUCCUGGAAUUCCUGAUAUUAGAGAAUUAUGUAAAUAUGCUGAUAAAUGCUUCCACCGUCGCGAUGCAGAACAUGCGGCUGUGUACCGACAUGCAGCAAGAUUUGAACAUAGUGGUAUUUUAAGUUAUUUUAAUAUGAACAGCGGAAUUGACUUUGUAGAAAAUCAAAAAAAUCUAACUGAGCGCAUUAUUCAAUAUGUAAAAGAUAACAACUGGACCCCAUUACCAUCAUGGACUGUACCAGAUAACAUUCUCAAUUGGAUACGCACUGUUCAACCUGUACAUCGAUGUAAUCAAGUUAUUUUUGAAUCUAUUCUUCUUCACGGACACGUAAUGAGUCGUGAAUAUAUGUUAAAUUUGAAAAAGCCGAACUUUGUUGCUAAUUCCGUUCUACAACACAGUCGAAUGAGGUGCGUCCGUGAGCUACAAGAAAAAGUAGUUGCUGAACACGCCAAAAUGUAUGUUACUGCUUUAGUUCAGCGUUAUGUUACAUCAAAGGGUUUCACUGGUGGAAAGAUCCCUGAUGCUACUGCUGGGCCUCCCGUUCCAUCAGCGGAUAUUCAGGAUGAACUGACAUCGUUGGAAAGUGAUAUUGCGAAACAGGAAACAUUUUUAUCGAAUGCACUAAGUAGAAAAGAUUUGGAAGCGAUACGUAUUAAGUCGGAUGAGAUUGCUGAAGCAUCAAUCAAUCUUCAUACAAACCGUGCAGGUAUUGGCUACAGUUCGGAUAAACACCUUGGUACCGACAAAACAGUUUUCAGUAUUCUUGGACCCCAUCUGGGACAUUAUUAUGGAGAUAUAUUUAUUGUCUUUAAGCGUGACAUUCUUCAUCACCCCGAUGCCAAUUUUACCAUUCAAGCAGCGACAUCUAUUGCGAGUGGAAGCGCUUUUCAAUUACGACCAUGGUUAGGUACUCACCCAGCUACGAUCCAGGAACAAAUUGAAUUCUUUAACAAAUGUAAAUUGAACUGUUCUAUUCCAGGUUACGAAUAUGCAGCUGCACUUGAAUUGAUAGCAUUCACAAGUCAGCACUUUGCAUUAAAUUCAAUGAACACAACCCUCGAUAAAAUUCUUGAGCGAUGGUUCAAUGUGGAUUCUCAUUUGACGAUCGAAGGACAUUUGCCGCAACUGAUCCCAUUGAGUUACAUCGAACAUAUCUACAUUCCACAAAAUCUUUACGAUUCACUUAGCGUAACUUCGCAGAAGACAAUGCAUGCGACCUUUAAAAACUCGUUUACUCUAGUUCCACAUGAUGGUAUACCUGUUCAACCACAAAAUCCACAUGGUCCGAAGCCACCAACACAAUCUCGUGAAGACUUGCAAAAUUUUGUUGUCGAGGAGCUACGUAAGAAAUUCAUCGAACGUGUUCGAAAUCCAUCAUGGACAUCUGUCCAAGGCGCCGCGAUUACAAUGCCAUUCACUGAUUUUGCUGAUACUUAUGUCUUACCUCUAACAAUUUCACAAGCAUAUCAACAGUAUUGUUACGCUAAUCAUCAUCGGCCAAAGGGCAAAGCGUAUUAUAUUUACUGGCAAGUCGUCGGUGGGGAUAUGAUCUUAACAUUGUCGAAUAAAUCAGUUUUGUCCAAAGAAACCAAGUCGAAUCUUCGAUGCUUAAGUUGUUAUAUCGCGGGAAAAGGUCCAUCGAGUGAUACAACUUAUCAUGAAUACUUUUCAUAUAUCAAUGGUAGUUCUCCAUUUCAACAUCCUGUUCUGAGAGAACAUGGUAAAUUCGCUGCGAAAUCUAAUCAAUUUUUUGUCGGUUGUAAUACCGAUUAUCUGAUGACAUUUUGUCUUGAAGUUCAAUUCGCAGAUGGAACGGUUACACUUUCACAUGCUGGUCCGAAUUCCAUUUAUAAUCAUGAAAAGAUUUCCUUUCAAUCCGAUAAAACCCAACUAGACUUAGAAGAUUUGGAAUACAUUCAUAUAAGUUGCGGUUCCCGCAUAGUUCCAGUUCGAAAUUUAAUGGUUUGUUUUGAAAAACAACCUGAUUUGCAUCCGACAUUCGACAAAGAUUUCAGUAGCAUUCCUUCGGCAAGCUCCAAGGAGCCGACUCACUUCAAUAUUGUACCACAAAAACGAAACAAAACAACCGAGUUAAUUCCUUGUCACGAUAAUGUCAACUGUCUUCUUCAACACUCUAGACGUCGCGGACCAGCUCACAAUGCAGUAUAUUCUCAUCCAUGUUCGUUCUCCGAACUGUGCGCUGCGAAAGAAGCACACUUGACACACGAGCCUCAUAAUUCACCAAUGUGCAAACACGACAAGAAGUGCAAACAGAUCAACGACCCAUUUCAUCGAGCGGAAUGCCGUCAUGCCAAUCUACCGGACUUCCUUAUACCAUGUCGUCAUCAAAAUACCUGUUACGAUGAUUCAUUCGAACAUCGGACCGAAUUUUCGCAUGGCGAACAAGUUUAUAAGAAGUCUAGUUCUUCUUCGGCGUCAAAAGAACGUAGAGGUCAUGAUGACGCGCUAAUACCAUGUAGAUAUGGUUCCAAAUGUAAGGGUAUUAACAGUUCUAAGCAUUGCCGAGAGUAUUCUCAUCUCAAGAGCGAUGAAUAG